CGCCGGCAAACCUGAAAACACAACUGUAAACAUGCCGCAGUGUGUGCUUACAUUACACUACAGCUAAUAAAACAGUAUUUUCCAUUUUUAUAUACGUUUGUUUAUUAAAAUGUCAGACGUGUCAGAGAAGCCUCCUCAGAACUGGAUCCUUCUGCAUCCAACCUACCAGCGAAUGAAGAACCUGGAGGUGGAGGAUACCGAGCAAAUUCAUGCAGCAUUUCUAGUGUACAUGGAUCUGACUGAAGUGCGUCGAUGGAAAGAGGUGUCUUGUCUCAAGAGUCCUGAGCUGCAGCUGGUUUUGUUGGAGGGUAGGGAAAAGGAAGGAGCACCUAAACAGACGAUUCUACCUCUGCCUGUUCAUCGAUCUCUGAGCCACAAUAGUAUACGACAGGUGCUGGACAGAGGUUUCCCCAUGCUGCUGUGUGCUGUAGCUUCUGACUCAACCCUGGUCUAUCAGAAGAUGACUGACGGGCUGGUGACCCCUGACCCUCCUGUUGGACCCUUCCAGGAUUUGGGACGCCGGCAGCAUCGCAAGAGACGGCAGCAACAGUGAAAAGUUGUCAGUGAACCAUAGAGGAGCAGAGUAUGACAGGCAGAUGCGCUGUGGUUUGUCUGUCUCUGUGAACCACUUAAAAAGGCCAGGCGUGUGCUGAUGACAUGGCAGCAGGAGCAAACAGACAGAACAACAGAGCUCCUGUGAGUGCUCCAAGACAGACUAUGUUGGCUUCAAAUGACCAGUGAAGUUUUGGCAACUGUUUAUAUGACAUAUACCUUGUUAGUAAAGAGGUAAACUUAGGAGAGUUUUAUUUGAGUAAUUUUCAAAUUAGGUGAAGGGCUGAAGAAAGACGUAGUUAUUAUGAGUAAUAAAUAAAACAUUACUCUGAGUUUUCUGAUGGUGAGGGUCAAAACAAGCAUUUUAAACACCUGUAACUGUUUUUAAGGAGAAUUGUUGCUUGAAUGUACACAUGUUCCUCAUCACAGUGAUGUGUUUGUGAAGCCAUAAGCAUAGAAUAGUAGGUCAGCUGAACAAUUUUAAAAUUAAUGCUUCAGCCUGACUAAAUGUUUUUACGUUGAUGCAGUAUGGCAAUACUUAAAAAUUAAGGAAAACAGAUUCAUUCUUUUUUAAUCAUGACCUAUACAGACUUUGUUCACAAGGAUUUCACAGACUGUGUCAUCAUUAAAAGUUUGUAUAAUAAAGCUGUUUUUUUCCCCCUUGAUUUAAUAUUACUUCCUUUGACCAAAAAAGAUUAAACACAUGUUCAAAGUAUCCUUUACCAUGUGAAAAGGCUAAAUUUGUUGGUUACAAUUGGCUCUACCAAAAUGGGUUGAUACUAAUGCAAGUCACUGUGAUAUUUCAUAAAUGAAGCGUAAGGGAGCUUGAAAUGUAACUAAGAUCAAGUCAAAACUGAAAACAUUAAUUUAAUUCCUUUUUUAUAUGUUCUCCCUGCACAUGCAUGGUUUCUUUCCAGGUACUCCAGCUUCCUCCCACAGACCGAAAAACAUGGUUCUUAGGUUAACUGAUGACACUAAACUAACCACCAAAGUGUCAGCAUAGCUGGUUGUUUCUCUCUGUGAUCUACUGGUAACCAGUCCUGGAUGUACCCUGCCUCUUACCUCUUACCCAGUGAAAGCUAGGAUUGGCUCCAGCCCCCCUGAAUGGGAUAAUCAGUAGGAUAAUGGAUGGAUAAGUGAAGAAUAAAUUUAAGAGUUUUGGAAACACACUUCUGUUUUGUUCCUGUGAUGUAAUUAAA